GGGAGUGGUAGUAGUGUUUUCGUUUACAGCUGACGUUAACCGCACCGUGUCUGCAGACGAAACUUACCUAAUGGUCCGAGGUCGAGCGUUUCAGCUGCAUCCUCUGAUAACAUGAGGCAGGGACUUUAUCUGAUGCGUAAAUGCCGAAAUCUGAACAAAAAUUGGAUGGCUAGAUCCCUCUCAAAUGCCCCACCAGAAGUGGACACAGGUGUUAGUACUGAAACAGAAAAGGCAAGUGCUGGAAAACAUCUUAAGUUUACAGCUACAAGCUCCCGACAGCCAGUCAUUGCAACAGCAGUAGUGACUGAGGUCAGACUGGAAUCCCCUGCAGUAAGAGGCAUAACCCUUCAAGUUGAUAAUCCAGAUUUCAGCUUCAAGGCUGGUCAGUGGAUUGACAUGUUUAUUCCAGGCAUAGAAGCAGUUGGUGGGUUUUCUAUGUAUUCAUCCCCCAACCAGCUUGCUGAAAAAGGAACCCUGGAGCUUGGCAUCAAGUUUUCAAAGUGGCCACCUGCAUUUUGGAUCCAUGAUCAAUGCAAAGUUGGGUCAUCAGUUGCCAUCCGAGUUGGAGGAGACUUCUAUUUUGCCCCUGAAAUUGGGGACCCCUCAUAUGACCUGCUUCUGAUUGCUGGUGGUGUGGGACUAAAUCCCCUGGCCUCAAUAUUUAGUUACGCAAGUCAUCUACAUAAAUUACACCAAGAAAACCAUGAAGAAUAUUGUCCUGGAAAAAUAAAGUUAUUAUAUUCAGCAAAAACAUUUGAAGAUUUGUUAUACAAGGAAGUGUUAGAUACAAUAUCUUCUAAUAAUCCCAACAUGGAAGUUCAAUAUUUUACAACUAGAAGUAUGCCACCAAAGUCCAGUAGUGCAAAAUAUGGACAUAUAACACAGGAAGACUUGAAGAGUGCAGUGAAAUCCCUAAACCUGUCAGUGUUAAAGACCUUUAUUUGUGGACCACCUCCUAUGAUUGAAAAAGUAAAUGAAAACCUCUUGGCAAUUGGUUUAGCUCAGAAUCAAUUGAUAUUCGAGAAAUGGUGGUAGCUUUUAUCUAGAACUGAAGAUCACGUAGGGUUUUUGUAAAUACUCAUAUAUCAUUGGACUGUAUAUCUAUUACCUUGUAUAGGAGUGAGUUUUAUAUAUCAAACUCAGAAUUGACAUUUUUAAUAGAAGGUGAGUUCUGCUAGUAAGGGUCUCAUAUAUUAUCAGAUUACUGAGGCAACUCAUUUAUUUAAAAAUGUAAAUAGCUCAAUAAGUUACUUGAUGCUUUUAAAGUAAAUUAUAUAAUCUGGGCCAAUGAUACUUCAAACAUUAUCAUUGUAUUUCAAAGCUUUAUUGUGUAGAACACCAUUGUAUUUCAAAGCCUUUUUGUUUAGAACACAAAAAGGCUUUGAAAUACAGUGAUAGUGUUUGAUGUAAUCUAUUGUUGUUGAUGUUCAUAAUUGUCCUGUGUAGUUGAAUUUAUACAGUAGUCCAUGGUCAGUGCUCACAGAGAAUGUAUAUUGUGAUGCAGAUAUUUAUUGAAAGUGUAAUUAUCAUAUUCAAAAGAUCCUUUAUUUAAUAAUUAUUUUGAAUAUGA